AUGGCAUCCAGAGAUAUGGGGCCCCAACACUUGAUGUUUUUUAUCCUUACUAUUUCUUAUGCUAAUGCUAAUCUGACAUGCGCUGCAGACAAAUUCAAGAAGAGGGAGUACCCAGCUCCGGAUAUGGCCUCCAUCUUGAAGGCCACUUCUACUGCGAAGGCGAGGCCCCUGAAACCUGGGUCUAGUGGGGUAAAGGAGGUCCGAGGCAGGGUUGAGCGCCUGUCCAAGGACUGCACUCCCAGGGCUUCGGAGGAGGCAUCUACUAAGAGGCCAGAGAAGCCCAAGGAGCCUCGGGGCAAGGAGAAAGUCUAUGAGGAGACUAAGAAGAGGAAGCUGGUGCACAUCUCCAGCUCAGCUGGCAAGUUUGGGACUUCAGUGUCCAAUAGGGCAGAACAGACUGGAGAGUCGAAGCUUCUCCCUGCAGCCUCUAAGGCCAUCAAAAUGGAGAUGGUAAGAGAGGUGGAGGCUGAAGAGGCCAGAGAAGAGGCUGCAAGGCGAGCUGCAGAAGCCGCCGAAGAGGAGGCGGCGGAGGAGAAGCCGCUUCACGCCUCGUCUUGUGAUGCCACCGACCUCACGAGGGCACUGGUGAGCCAAAGCGCCCGGACCUUUGGCCUCGCGCUAGAAUGCAGGGAGGCAUUAAGUGAAUUCCAAACUAGGACUCACGCCUCGGAGGGGAAGGCUGCUUCCCUUGCAGAGGAGGUCAAAGCUGCUAAGGCCGAGGCCGAAGAAGCCAAAGCUCAGAGGGUUGAAGAAGCGGCGAAGCUCGAGUCUGCCUUGACCCAAAUUGAGGCCCUAAAGAGGGAAGUAUAUGAGUCACAGUGCGAGGUGACUGCUGAGGCCCUAGAGCAGGCGAAUCUCGCCUUGGCCGGCGCUCGUGAUGCCAAUCAGUUUCUCGAAGGCCAGGCGAAGUGGUAUAUGAACGACGCCUCGGUUGCCAGAGAAGAGGCCCGGACUGCAGCGGAAGAGGCGGUGAAGGCAUACAUCGCCAAUUUCCACACUACAGAGGAGUAUAAAAGUUUCAGCGCGUACUGGAGGAACUUCGCCUAUACCGAAGUGCUGGAGAGGGCAGAGGAGCUUUAUCCCAACUUGGACCUGGCACAACUUAGGUCCGAAUUUGUGGAUGAGGUUCCUCAGACCCCAGCUGAGGAGGUGCAGGGUGACGAGGCAGCUGAUGCCGAAGCCCCAAAUGCUGAGGCAGGGGAAACAAAUACUGAUGCCCAGGUUGCCGAACCCCCAAGUGCUGAGGCGCCUCCUUCAUCUAGCCAGGCUUAG